AUGCAAUCGCCGGCCCCGCAUCAACGAGAUCGUUCGCAUGUAGUGACCCUCCCUGGCCUCCCUGCACUGGCUAUGGCCCGCCAUCGGGCGCUGGCCAUGUUUCAUCCCCCACUGCGCCUUGUCCCCUCGGAGCCAAUGACUGCGACCAUGACUGGAGAUGACUGGCUGUAUGAGAUCAGCAGCGAUGAUGAAAAUGAUCAUCAGGGAGGCUCAGACAUCUCCGAUUCCGACGGGGAAUUAGAUCACGGCACUUCCCCGCACAGUCAGCUUCCACCUGUUCCUAGGGCGUUACCAUUCUUGGACUACCACAGAUAG